AUGCCCACCACAGCGCCCGUUCCCGACAAACCGAGACAGAGUGCCGCCAGCAAAUCUUUCUUCGGCAGAAAAUUGUACAAGGACAGGCAAGCCGAUGACCGCUCCGACGGAUAUGCGGCCUCGAUAAAUGCAGAGACACAGUCGAUCUCUGGCAGUCUAACUGGUUCACGCAGUUCGCGCUAUUCAGCGAGAGGCUCUAUCGGUUCGUUCGACGCCGACGAAACCAAUGCUGUGGCCGCCGCCGCACUCAGUUCGAACGCCGGCAUAAUCACUUCCAUCCCCUUUGAUAGCAUGCCCUCGGAUGCAAGAACUCCUAUAUCUGUCGACUAUCUCCCUAAGCAAGACUCAAGCGCUCAUCGAGAACCAUCCCCAAACCAUCUCGGCAGAUCCGGCGCCGACUUUCAUCAAUAUCCAGCCUGGGAUUCGAAAUCUACAGCAUCGCAUAAUUCUAUUGCUGCCCAGAUCAACGGUCCUCGGCCGCCUCCGCACGCAUCGAAUUUAACAAUGACGAGCAGUUCUACAGGGGAUCGCGGCACAAGGUAUCAACAAUGGGGGAGACCAGGUAGCUCCGCAGCGAAUACUGGCUUCGGUUACGCUUCUGGCGACUCAUCAUCCAACUCGAGAACUUCACUCGAUCAGACCAGCAUUCACUCUUCCCAGUCUUCGUCUGCCACACGAGCAUCGUACUUUUCCGAUAGCAAUUCCUCCCGCACUCUCACUACCUCCUAUUCCGGCGGCGAGCGAAACACCACAUAUCCAAGCGGUUCCGGCUCGGGCCGCUAUUCGAAUACUCAGGGAUCAUGGCCAACAUCUCAGCAGCCUUCUUCACACGUUCCACCUUCGCCAUCAAUCACAGCUAUUGCACCGGGCGAGUAUUUAUCGCGGCCAAAAGAUGAUCGGAUGGUCGAUCAGCUGUUUUUGGAGUUGAUGCAGAAGCGGGGCUGGCAAAAUUUGCCAGAGCAAGCCAAAAGACAGAUGCUCGCAUAUCCCGCUUCCAAAAAAUGGACUCUCGUACAUCAAGAUCGAUUGACCGAGCUCCAGGGUGAACAGAAACGUCGCCAUAACUCCCGGUUGACACAUGGCUAUGAUAUCAGCCCCCAUAAUGUCAUCGGCCGAGCCGAUGAAGAGGGGAGUCCCGAGUGGUAUGUGAAAAAGGUUAUGGAUGAUACAAUUACGUCGAAGCAACUGGCAAGUUUGAGUGUCAGUCUGCGAACACAACCUAUUAGUUGGGUCAAAGCCUUUGUUGAGGCACAAGGUCAGGUUGCCCUGACAAAUGUGUUGAUGAAAAUAAAUCGUCGCAAGACAGGAGGCCCCGGCCCCGUAGUAUCGUCUGCCGACAAGGAUCUCGAACGUGAAUACGAUAUCGCGAAAUGUUUGAAAGCGUUGAUGAACAACAAGUAUGGCGCCGACGAUGCUCUUGCUCAUCAGCAAGUCCUUGUUGCUCUGGUCAGCUCGCUGCUAUCACCUCGAUUACAAACACGGAGGCUGGUCAGUGAAGUUCUCACCUUCUUGUGUCAUUGGGCGGAUGGCCAAGGCCAUCAGAGAGUGUUACAGGCGAUGGACCAUGUCAAAAACCAACAAGGGGAAACCGGCCGGUUUGAUGCCUGGAUGCGCAUUGUCGAGGUCACGAUCGACGGCCGUGGCAAGAUGGGCAGUCUUGUCGGUGCGAGCGAGGAGUAUCGCAGCGGAGGUGUAGGCAUGGAGAACCAACUGAUGGAAUAUGCUGUCGCGACGAUGUUUUUGAUCAAUAUGCUCGUGGAUGCGGCCCAAGACGAUUUGCAAUUACGAUGUCACAUUCGCGCCCAGUUUAUAUCUACUGGAAUCAAGCGCUUGCUGACGAAGAUGGAAGGAUUUCAAUAUGAGGUUAUUGACAAGCAGGUUGAACGUUUCCGGGAAAAUGAGGCUAUCGACUACGAAGAUCUCUUGCAGCGCGAGGGCAGCAGCGUCAAGGAUAGCAUGGAGGGGGAGGUGAAAGAUAUGAGCGAUCCGCUUCAGAUCACAGAUGCCAUCAGCACGAAGCUAAGUGGUACUCGGGCCGCAGAUUACUUCCUUUCUGCAAUGCAGCAUAUGCUUCUUAUCAGAGAGAACUCCGGAGAAGAUGGAUUGCGUAUGUUUCAACUGGUUGAAGCAAUGUUGAGCUAUGUUGCUAUGGAUCGUAGGCUGCCGGACCUAGACCUCCGUCAAGGUUUGACAUUUACGGUUCAGAAUCUGUUGGAUAAAUUGCAUACAGACGCCGAGGCUAGGCAUGCCUAUGAUGAAUCGUUGGAAGCACGCCAAGUCGCAGAAGCAGCCAUUGCCGAACGUGAUGAAAUGAAAGCGCAAAUCGAACUUGGAGCUGAUGGAUUAGUCAAGAAAUUGCAAAAACAGAUCGAGGAGCAGACCAGUGUUCUUGAAUUGCAACGUCGUCAAAACGAGUCUCUCAAAUCCGAGCUUAACGAUGUUCAUCGUCUUCGAGCACAGGAACUACAGAGGAAUGAGUUGGAGACGCGAGAGUUGUAUCUCAUGCUUCGAGAUGCACAGGACAUCGCUGCUUCCAAUGCAAAGAAACAAGCCGAGAUGAAAUUGGGAGAGACUGAUCCAUCUCAGAUGAGGGGUAUUCUAGACCGCGAAAGGUUGCUUGAGAGACUUGAACGCCAGCUUGAGCGAACAAAGACCCAAUUCAAGCUUGAGGGCAAGGUCUGGAACCAAGAUGGUCCAUCGGAUCGUCUGCGUGAGCUUCGGGAACAGAUGGACGGUACUGGUGUCCAAGAAGAAGAAUUCGAAAAGAAGACUCGCCAAACCCUAACCAACAGCACAUUCGGAUCAGUCACACGCAAGAAGGUUCCUUCGGCCGACCAUGAGAAACAACAACACCUACCCGAAGUGACCGAAACUGAAGAAGAGCAAACCACAGAAAAAGUCACGCUUGAGGGAUAUGGACGUCCGCGCAUGGACCCAGCGCAGGCCACCGGGCUAUUGGGAGAAAUUGCCGCUAAGGUUCGCAAGUAUGAUUCAGAUGAGGAAGCCGAAGGCUUACCGGCUGAAGAAGAGAAACCUCAGGCUCCUGAAGAAAAGCCUGAAGUCGUGGAAGAAGUCAAAGAAGAAGCCCCUACUGCUAUACCACCACCCCCUCCGCCACCACCACCGCCGCCGCCGCCGCCUCCAUCAUUGUCUGCUGGUGCUAUUCCUCCUCCUCCCCCUCCACCACCCCCUCCUCCAGGAAUCAAUGGAAGCAUACCGCCUCCUCCGCCUCCUCCGCCUCCUUCAUUGUCAGCUGGUGGUAUCCCACCUCCACCACCUCCUCCCCCUCCUCCAGGAUUCAGCGGAAUGGUACCUCCGCCUCCGCCUCCUCCUAUGGGCCCUGGUAUUCCACCACCGCCUCCUGGUCCUCCGGGUGCUCCUAUAGCCGGCGCAUGGCGAGCCAAUUAUAUGUCAGCGCAAAACCAAUCUUAUGCACCAGCAGUUUCCAUGCCUUCAAUCAGGCCUAAGAAGAAGCUCAAGGCUCUCCAUUGGGAUAAGAUUGAUACUCCUCAAGUCACAGUAUGGGCUAGCCAUGCCCCAACGAAUGAAGCCAAGGAAGAAAAGUACACCGAACUGGCUAAGAAGGGUGUUCUCGACGAAGUGGAGCGUUUGUUCAUGGCUAAGGAGACCAAGAUUUUAGGUGGCGGAACCUCCGCAAAGAUGCGCAAGGACAAAAAGCAAAUCAUCUCCAACGAACUAUCAAAGACCUUCCAGGUUGCUCUGGCCAAACACUCACAGACCCCCGUGGACGAGUUAGUGCGUAUGAUUAUCCACUGUGACAAGGAAAUAUUAGAAAGCGAUGUCAUCAUGGAGUUCCUGCAGCGUGACGAUCUUUGUACCGUUCCGGAGAACACUUCCAAGCUCAUGGCACCGUACAGCAAAGAUUGGACAGUUGCAGAUGCGGCAACGUCUGAGAGAGAGCAAGAUAUCAAUGAGCUCACUCGUGAAGACCAAAUUUAUCUGCAGACAGCCUUUGAACUUAAUCAUUAUUGGAAAUCCAGGAUGCGCGCUCUGGCAUUAACGCGUAGUUACGAGGCCGACUACGAUCAUAUCACGUCCAAGAUACAGGAAGUAUCUAAAGUCUGCGAUUCUCUUCGUGAUUCAGUCUCGCUCAUGAAUGUCUUGGGUUUGAUUCUGGAUAUAGGUAACUUUAUGAACGACGCCAAUAAGCAAGCACAGGGCUUCAAACUGGGCUCUCUUGCACGCUUGGGGAUGGUCAAAGAUGAUAAAAAUGAGACGACAUUCGCAGAUCUGGUGGAGCGUAUCGUGCGCAUUCAAUAUCCAGAAUGGGAAGGAUUCCAAGAUGAAAUUGGUGGUGUGGCUAAGGUUCACAAACUCAAUAUCGACAAUCUUCGCCAAGAUGCCGUCAAGUAUAUCGGUACUAUUAAAAACGUGCAGAUGAGUCUUGACUCGGGCAACUUGAGCGACCCAAAGAAAUUCCAUCCGCAGGAUAGGGUUAGCCAAAUAGUCCAGCGGAGCAUGAAAGAAGCAAGGCGGAAGGCCGAGCAGAUGCAGAUCUUACUCGAUGACCUAGCAAAGACGUUUGACGACAUCAUGACAUUCUACGGUGAAGACAACACGGAUGAGAACUCGCGGCGUGACUUUUUCAGCAAACUUGCCUCUUUCUUACAAGAGUGGAAGAAAUCGAGGGAAAAGAAUAUCGCAUUGGAAGAGAACAGAAGACGAUUAGAGAACUCACUAGCCCGUAAACGGGUCAAUCCCGCAACAUUGGCUAAUGGCAGUGGCACCGACAGCCCCAUUUCGCCGACAUCAAGCGGUGCAAUGGACUCAUUAUUAGAGAAGCUACGUGCUGCAGCUCCUCAAGCUCGAGAUCAGCGUGAUAGACGUCGACGAGCACGGUUGAAAGAAAGACACCAAGUGAGAGUUGCCUCUGGACAACGAAUGCCCAAUCUCCACGGCAUGGGGGCAGAAGCCGAUGGAGAAGGAGAGGGCGAAUCAACAAUUGUCAGCAACGAUAGCGAGCAUCUCGCGCCACAUGAUGCCGGCGCCAAUGGCACGGAAUCACCCCAAGUAUCCGAGGGCGAAGACAUCGCCGAUCGAGCCGCCAAUCUCUUGCAAGGAUUACGGAGUAACACAGACACAGAUGAGGAGCGCGCUCGAAGGCGAAGGGAAAGCGCUGAAGAUGAACGACGAGCACGGAGAAUGCGCAUGAGGUCUCGCAAUACAGCCAGUGGCAGUAAAGAUAGUGCAGAUGGAUCUCUCCCAUCGGUGGUAGAGUCGCCUGUCCCUGAGCAUGAAGCCGACGAAACUGAAUCUACCACUACCACCAACACCACCACACCAGCCAUCGUAAUAUCCGAAUCAACAGUUGACCAAGCUGAGACGCAAGAGCAAACACCCGAUCCUACUAUCCCAGAAGAAGGAUCAUCACCUGACAGACCCGUUGAAAUCUCCGACUAA